AUAAAACGGUUUGAGAAGUUGGAGACGGACGAGGAGCGAAUCAAAGAAGGAAGACAGAUCUACGACACCUUUAUCAUGAAGGAAUUGUUAUCACAGUCACACACGUACCCCAGGUCUGCAGUGGAGCAUGUUCAGGAGGCGGUGACCACCGCACAGAGGACCAGGAAACUCGAUGCAAACAUUUUCGAGCCAUACAUCCAAGAAAUCUGCAAUUCUUUGAGGGGACAUAUAUUUGACGCGUUUAUAUUAAGUGAAAAGUACACAAGGUUUUGCCAGUGGAAAAAUUUAGAAUUAAAUAUCAAUUUAACCAUGAACGAUUUCAGCGUGCACAGGAUCAUUGGUAGGGGCGGCUUUGGGGAGGUCUACGGGUGCAGGAAAGCUGACACAGGGAAAAUGUAUGCAAUGAAGUGUUUAGACAAGAAACGGAUUAAAAUGAAAGGUGGAGAGACACUGGCCCUCAAUGAACGGAUCAUGUUGUCGCUAGUUAGUACUGGGCCGGAGAACGUCUGCAGCAACCUGUAUCUGGAAGGCAGUCCGUUCAUUGUCUGUAUGACAUAUGCAUUUCAAACACCGGAGAAGCUGUGUUUCAUCCUUGACCUCAUGAAUGGAGGUGAUCUUCACUACCACCUGUCACAGCACGGGGUCUUCACAGAGAAGGAGGUUCGGUUCUACGCUGCAGAAGUCAUGCUAGGCCUUGAGCAUAUGCACAGCCGGUUUGUGGUCUACAGGGACCUUAAGCCAGCAAACAUAUUGUUAGACGAGAACGGCCAUGUACGAAUCUCUGAUCUGGGAUUAGCCUGUGAUUUCUCCAAGAAAAAGCCACAUGCCAGUGUGGGAACCCACGGCUACAUGGCCCCAGAAGUUCUGCAGAAAGGGACGGCCUACGACUCCAGUGCUGAUUGGUUCUCCUUCGGCUGUAUGCUUUACAAGCUCCUCAAGGGGCACAGUCCGUUCAGACAACACAAGACAAAAGAUAAACACGAGAUAGAUCGCAUGACAAUGACAAUGAAUGUUGAUUUACCAGAGUCCAUGUCCAUAGAGAUGAAGACAUUACUGGAGGGGUUGUUGCGGAGGGAUGUGGAGGACCGGUUGGGCUGUCGGGGCAGAGGGGCCCAGGAAGUCAAGGAACAUCCAUUCUUCAGAGGCCUAGACUGGGUACAGGUCUAUCUCCAGAAAUAUACCCCUCCUCUGAUUCCACCCAAGGGCGAGGUCAAUGCAGCAGAUGCCUUUGAUAUUGGUUCUUUUGACGAGGAAGAUACAAAAGGAAUUAAGUUGACAGAAGCCGACCAGGACUUGUACAGAAACUUCCCUCUGGUUGUGUCAGAACGCUGGCAGCACGAGGUUGCCGACACAGUCUUCGAGACAGUCAACGCUGACACAGACAAGCUGGAGCAGAAACGCAAGCAGAAGCCAAAAGGCGAUGAAGUCGACCUGGAUUUUGGUCCUACAGACUGUAUUGUCGAGGGAGAGGUUCUCAAGUUGGUGGGGUCAUUCAACCAGUCCUGGGCCAAGAAACACCUCAAGCUCUACCCAAAUAGGCUGGAGUUUUACCAGAAGGCCAGAGAUGGCUCUGUGCCCAAGGGAAAGGGUGUCGAG